GGCUCCUACUCGCUGAUCUCAGAGAGCGCGGAGACGACGCUUUGCGCAGUGCGCUGCAACAGCGCCGAGUGGGGGACGGCCGGUCCCCAUGGCUGCUGAGCUGCGCCGCCGGGCGGCUUCCGAACGCCCAAAGCCUGUGCAGCCAGGCGGAGGCAUUGCAGAUGGACCUUGCUAACGACAGGGACCGGGCCCAACGAGGGGCUUUGCUGCUCGCCGCGCGGGGUGGUCACGUGGAAGUGUGCAGCUGGUUGUUGGAGGCCCGCGCCUGCCAGGGCCUCCUCGAGCGGGACAGCUGCCUUUGGACGCCUUUGCACGCGGCAAGCGCGGAGGGGCACAAGGAAGCGGUGGCGUGGCUGCUGCAACAAGGUGCUGACCCGACGCUGCAAGACGAGGACGGCCACUCCCCGCGGAGCCUGGCCCAGCUGCGGGGCCACGGGGCCGUGGAGUCGCUGCUGAGACGGGCCAAGUGAAACGAAUUCGAACCGCCGGAUGAAUCGAUUGGAGGAUUGGUCCGCGGAAAGACGAAGAUUGUUCUUCGCCCUGUGGGCCCUGUGCCAA